AUGGGCCCCUGUACCGCCUCCUCAUGCUGCUGCCAGGCCCCUAAUCUGCCAUGGGCCCCUGUACCGCCUCCUCAUGCUGCUGCCAGGCCCCUAAUCUGCCAUGGGCCCCUGUAUACCGCCUCCUCAUGCUGCUGCCAGGUCCAGAGUCUCUCAUGGGUCCCUGUACGGCCUCCCAUUGCUGCUGUCUCCAUCGCCACACUCUGCCAUGUGCCACUUUCAGGUCUCCUCACACUGCUGGUGUGUUCCAUUUUUUGUCAUAGGGUGCUGGCAGAUUACGGGCCUCCCAUAGCUGCUGCCAGGCCCCUAAUCUGCCAUGGGCCCCUGUACCGCCUCCUCAUGCUGCUGCCAGGUCCACAGUGUCUCAUGCCAUGUCUCCAUGCCACACUCUGCCAUGUGCCUUUCACUUUCAGGUCUCCUCAC